GACGCCCUGGGACCUCCCGCUAGCCUAGAGCUGGCCCUCCCUAGGGGCGUGAGGAGGGGCGGGGCUGCGGACUUAAGACUCAGGCCCUGUCGUUCUGGAGCAAGCCCGCUAGUCAUACAGUAAGGGAGUCAUGUCGGCGCAGCCGGGGCUCUGGCCCGAGGUCCAGGACACCUGCACCUCUCUGGGGCUUAUGUUGUCGAUUGUGCUGUUCGUGGGUCUGGGCCGCAUGAGUGCUCGGCAGCAACUGCACAGGCCCCUGGCCCACGCCUUCGCUUUGGAGUUUCUGGCCACCUUCCAGCUCUGCUGCUGCACCCAUGAGCUACAACUGCUUAGUGCGCAGGACUCCGCGCACCCCACCUGGACGCUGACGCUAAUCUACUUCUUUUCGUUGGUGCAUGGCCUGACUCUGGUGGGCACUUCCGGCAAUCCGUGCGGCGUGAUGAUGCAGAUGAUGCUGGGGGGAAUGUCCCCCGAGAUGGGUGCAGUGAGGCUGUCGUCUCAGCUAGUUAGCGCUCUGUGCAGCAGGUACUGUGUAAGCGCCCUGUGGAACCUGGGUCUGACCAAGUAUCACUUCAGCGAGAGGAACUUGGCUUGCAAGAAUCCCAUCAAUUCCGAUUUACCCCAAGCGAUCAUCACAGAGGCCAUCUGCUCCUUUAUCUUCCACAGCGCUCUGCUGCAGUUCCAGGAGGUCCGAACCAAGCUUCGUAUCCACCUGCUGGCUGCACUCAUCACCUUUUUGGCCUACGCAGGAAGUAUAACAGGAGCUGUAUUUAAUCCAGCAUUGGCACUUUCACUUCAUUUCAUGUGUUUUGAUGAAGCUUUCCUUCAAUUUUUUAUAGUGUAUUGGCUGGCUCCUUCUGUAGGUAUAUUGUUGAUGAUUUUAAUGUUCAGUUUUUUCCUUCCAUGGCUGCAUAACAACAAUACAAAAAAGGAAUAACUAUCCCAAAAGACUCAGACUAAGUUAAAAGACAGUCAAGCUGGAUGUGCUAAACACUGGCUACACUGGAUUCAUCAAUGUUUUAACUUCCUUUGAGGAAGCUGUCUUAAGUUUUCAUCACUGGGACUUAAAAAAAAUUACUGUGAAAACGAGGUAUCCUGUAUUUCUCAGUUAAGACUUGUUCUUUUGAGUGAUGUAUUAAAUGCUGCUAGAAAAGA